AUGCCCGCCCUAUCCGAGCCCAUCCCCGUCGUGCUCAUCGGCCGGAGCAUAGAGAUGGGCAAGCCAGUGUCCGAGCUGCUGCUGCCCGAAUACGAAGUGAUCCGCUUCAUCCAAUCUUUCGAAUCCGCACAAUCCGAGCUCCCGCACCUGCUCGCCGGCCACCAGCCCCCCACACCAGGCACCAACGCCGUCGGCACGGAGGACUACAGCCGCGGCGCACCGCGCAUCGUCAUCCUCGGCCGCUUCUUCCUGCCCGAGCAGGCCGAGCAGCUGCGCAGCGCGACCACGGGGACGAACGCGGACCCCGUGGCUUGGAUCGUGGGCGAUCCGGCCAAGACCCCGCCUGGUAACGGGCCGCCGCCGGGGUUUGAGAAGGUGAUUGCGAGGACGGUUAAGGAGGCGAUUAGGGGGUGGAGGGAUGGGGGCGCGAAAGAAAAUGGGGUGGUCUUGUUUUGA